GUUCUGGUGGGCAUCGCGCCAGUACAGUCUCGGCGCUCAUGGAAGAAUCCCCGUCGUCGGAAGAGCGUCGCGACGACCGCGUCGCCAUGAUCACCAAGCCGGCGCCGCGGCCUUUUUCUAUUGAAGCGCUGAUGAGCGAUUGCGGGCCUAGAAGGGGCGCCGUGGAGUUGUCGCCCAAAGGUUGGGAGCCCGUCAGGGGGCAGUUUGUGCAUGGGAAUGUUUGCAAGGACACCGAUUCGGAUGGUAGUGUCGAUAUGGAUUUGGCGCAGGAUUUGUCUAAUCGGAGCCAGAAAGAUGUUUCAGAUUUGGACGACGACCUGGACGAAUCCCACUCGACGGAGGGCACCGGCUCCAGCAAAGCCCGUCGCCGCCGCACGGCCUUCACCAGCGAGCAACUCCUCGAGCUCGAACGGGAAUUCCACGCCAAGAAGUACCUCUCCCUGACGGAGCGCAGCCAGAUCGCGUCGGCGCUGCGCCUCAGCGAGGUCCAGGUGAAGAUCUGGUUCCAGAACAGGCGGGCCAAGUGGAAGCGCGUCAAGGCCGGCCUCGGCAACGGGCCCCACCAGGGCGUCAAGAGCGCCCAGCAGAAGAGCAAGCUGGUGGUGCCCAUACCGGUGCACGUGAACCGGUUCGCUGUCAGGAGUCAGCACCAGCAGCUGGAGAGGGCGCUCGGGGAUCUGGCUGGAAGGGUUUUGGCUAGUCAUGCGGCGCUGAGGGUGGGUUUGGACUUGCAUGGGUUCCAUCAUUCGCAUUCGCAGGCCCCCCCGCCACCCCAUUAGAAAGUGAAAAACAUUUUUAAAUAUCGAUUAUAGUGAUUCUGUUUUGUGAUGUAUGUACGCUCAAAUCGCGACUAUGAAAGUGACACGGGACUUUGGAAAGUAUCCUAAAAACAAAUUAUCAUUCGAAGCUGUUAAUUUACCUACACUUAGUGUUCGAGUUAAGUUAACCCACGAGCAAAUUCGGCUUAUAUAGUGAACAAAAUAUUUCUAAUUCAGUAAAAAAAUUAAUACAUCUGGCGUGUUCACCAAGAGUUCGAAAAGUUAGUGAUAUUCAUUACACCAACUUUUCGAGCGUAAAGUGCAUUUAUCUCGAACAUUAUUUGAUUUUUAAUUAUAGUGCAAUACACUUAAAUUAUAACGAAAAAUUACAUUAAAAAAAACGAAGAACCAGUGUUAGUAAAAUAGUUAUAUAUUAUACGAAAACAUCGAAUGUAAAUAUUUGUAAUAUAAAUGUUCAU